AUGGAAUCGUGGAAGCUGUUUCUCGUGCUGAGUUUAACCGUUGGCGCUGUGGCAUGUCUGGAUCUUGAAGAUUCUGCUCCGAGGCCUUUGAUUGUGUGCCACGUGAGUAUCUACCCAGAUAUCAGUGAUGCAAUAAAGGAAAAACUAGACGAUUGUGAUCACGUCAUCGUUAGUUACGAUGGUUUGUGCGAUUUGGCGAAGUAUUUUGUGAACUUUUCCGAUACCAUUCGGAUUGGGUUAAUUCGUAGUAGAGCUACGCAUGCCAACAUUCUCCGCCAGGUUGAGGUAAAGUUCGAUGAGAACUUUGACCCAAUCCUGGCGGUUCAAAACGUCCAAGCCAGUUUGGCGGGAGGACUCUUCGAUGGCGUUGAGCUGGUUUCGGAUUUGGUGCAUCUGGAUCAACAAGGACAGAUUAAAUACGCGAAAUUUCUCAAAAUACUCAAACAAAACCUGGAUGACCACGUGUUGAUCUCGAACUCAUUCGUCUGCAAUCAACAACUCCAUGCGUAUCUACUAAAUGCAAUGAGUGAAGUUCUAGACUACGUCAUACUGCUACCAUCAUCCCAGAAUGCUUCCAUUGAAGUGAGUGCUUUUGAACCCCGCGUGUACUCUGGUCCGGUCUGUGAGCUCCAAGAAGAGCAGCAGCAACACUGCGAAGAGCAGCAAAAUCAAGAUUGUUCAUUGUUCGAGGACGGUGUAAAGCUCAUCUACGACGAUUCCAACUCAGCUGGAAGAAGAGCUUUGCAGUGCGUUGGAUGUAAACUGAAGGGAGUCUCUAUUGCGCUGAGCUACGACGAUCCAGCUGGAAUAUGUGUGGGGUCACGCUUUCCACUGCUGAGUGCAGUACAGAACGUGUUCGAGUAUCGUUCCGGAGUGUUGGGCUUCAACGGGUGUCCAUCUGAUUCUGAAGAAUCUGAUGUUGGUUCAAAUCCAGAGAUUCAGUUCGACAUUUCUUCUCAUUCAAUUGAGAACUAUCAUUUAGAUAGUGAAAAGGAAGGUGAUUGCAGUUGUGUUCAGGGGGCUCUAUGUAACGGAUGCACCCUGCGAAAACGUCUGCAACAAACACUUAAAAGUUCCGAGAAUGUUGCCAGCUUAUCAAAGGACGUUACAGAAAAGGUGUUGGGAUCAUUAGAUAGGGUCGUAACACUUGUUUCCUUAAUGAUGCAAUACAGAUGA